AUGCCAAUUGACUAUUCUAAAUGGGAUAAGAUUGAACUGUCUGACGAUUCAGAUGUCGAAGUUCAUCCUAAUGUUGACAAAAGAUCCUUUAUUAAAUGGAAGCAACAAAGCAUACAUGAGACUCGUAUGAAAAGAAGUCAGGACAUCAAAAAUUUAGAAGUGCAGGUGCACAUGUAUGCUUGCUUAAACAAGCGAGUAGAUAAGCUUCUAGCAAACGUUAGUGACGAAGAACUUGGAACAAAGGAAUCAAUCUCGAAAUACUUGAACGGGAAUUUCGAUAAGACAGAGAAAAGCGAAGGCGAGAACGUUGAUCCAGAUAUUCCCUCCUACAAUGAAAUGGUUGAGGAUCUUUUUGAGCAAUUACAGAAAGAUGCGGAGAAACAAGGGAGGAAUCUAAAGGAUGGUUCAGUCCUGAGAGAAUUAGCUUUAGAACACAGAAAAAAGAUCGAUAAGGUUACUGUAGAGGCGAAAACAAAACUAGAAGAGCUGUAUCGAGAGAAGAGCGCACAUAUUUCGUCUGAUGACAUUUCCACUGGGUUUGAUAGUGGUUUCUUGAACAAGAAUAAGGAAGAUGCUAAAUUGGAAUCCACUAUGAAAGAAAUAGCUGCGAAUAAUGGUGCUGCGAACUCGACUGUAGCACUACCUUUGCCGCCUAUGCAAUUCAUUGAGUACGAGGACGUGAUGAAACUAGCACCUGAAACAGAGACUUUUGGGAGUAUAUCCAGUAGCGACUACAAAAAAUCGCAAUCGUAUCUUCUUGAUAAUAUGCCGAUUAUUUCAGAGCAACAAAAGGAUGCUUUGAUGAUGAAGGCUUUUGAAUAUCAAAUGAGUAAUGAUGAAAAAUCUGCUUACAGGGUUAUUCAUCAAUCUGAGCUACUUGCGUACAUUCGCGAAAUUUACGAUAUGAAGAAGAUUGGUGUCUUGAAGGGAAAUGAAAUGACAGAAGUCAUUAAUGUGUUUUUUAAGAGGGUUAUUUUUGGUAAUAAUAUUGCUGGUAAACAGUCCUUCUUACAAUCUGUGCAGGCAAAGUUUGAUCAUGUGAAAAAGCGUGUAAAAAUAAUGGAGCAGGAACAAGAAGCUGAAGAACAAGGUGUUGAAACUAUACAGUUGAAGUCACUUGAUGAGUCUAAUGAGUUGGAGGUUAACUUACCUGAUUUUGAUUCUUCAGAUCCUAACGAGAUGAAAAGAGUAGCAGCAUUUAAAAAACUUCCACCUAAAAUGCAAGAUGCCGUCAGUACUAAAAAUUUGGAUACAGUUAAUGAAGUGUUCGCAGAAACCCCCAUCAAGGAAGCAGAAGAAUAUUUAGAGCUUUUCGGUGAAGCUGAUAUUAUUGGAGUUAAAGCAUUACUGGAGAAUGAAGAAGAUUUCAAUCAGCUGAAGAGUGAAUAUCAAAAAGAAAAUAUAUUGGAGGAAUUAAGCAUAGGUGAGCAGGAUAACGGAGAACAAGUUAACACUACUGAUACUGUCGACUGA